CCCUCCCCCCGCGCCGGUGCGCUCCGGCCAGCUGUGCGCCGCCGAGCGAGGCGCCAGCCCGUGGGUGCUGCCGGGGGCGGCGGCGCGGAGGGGGCGCCCGCAGCUGGCGGCGGCGCGGGCCCGGCGCUCGGCUCGCGGCGGGGGGGCGGAGGUGAGGACCGGAACGCGGAGGGCGGGCGCUGCUCGCGGCGCCGGGCCCGCGUUCCCCGUCCGCCCUGCCACCGGCCCGCGUCCCCGCCGGCGGGAGCUCGGGGGACCGGGCGGCGGCGCGGCUGUGGCGGCGGCUGGCUGGAUGCGAGACCUGCGCGGACCGGGCGGCGGCGGCGGCCGGCGGCUCCCGACUCGGGGAAGCCGAUCGCGGAGGGGACGAGCCCGAACGCGCUGGCCAUGGCCUCCAACUUUAACGACAUAGUCAAGCAGGGCUACGUGAAAAUCCGCAGCAGGAAGCUGGGGAUUUUCAGACGAUGCUGGUUGGUUUUCAAGAAAGCUUCUAGUAAAGGACCCAGAAGGCUGGAGAAAUUUCCAGAUGAAAAGGCAGCGUAUUUCAGAAACUUCCAUAAGGUAACUGAACUGCACAACAUCAAAAAUAUAACCAGACUGCCUCGAGAGACAAAGAAGCAUGCAGUAGCAAUUAUCUUUCAUGAUGAAACGUCAAAGACAUUUGCCUGUGAGUCAGAGCUGGAGGCUGAAGAAUGGUGCAAACAUCUCUGCAUGGAGUGUCUGGGGACACGGCUGAACGACAUCAGCCUUGGGGAGCCCGAUCUUCUGGCAGCUGGAGUACAGAGAGAGCAGAAUGAGAGAUUCAAUGUAUACCUUAUGCCUACACCAAAUCUGGAUAUUUAUGGCGAAUGCACAAUGCAGAUCACUCAUGAGAAUAUCUAUCUCUGGGAUAUCCACAAUGCCAAGGUCAAACUGGUGAUGUGGCCUCUCAGUUCACUGAGGAGAUAUGGACGGGACUCAACGUGGUUCACCUUUGAGUCAGGAAGAAUGUGUGACACAGGAGAAGGACUAUUCACUUUUCAAACAAGGGAAGGAGAAAUGAUCUAUCAGAAGGUCCAUUCUGCGACACUGGCCAUAGCUGAGCAGCAUGAAAGAUUAAUGCUAGAAAUGGAGCAGAAAGCCCGGCUUCAGACAAGCUUGACUGAGCCAAUGACGUUAUCCAAAUCGAUAUCUCUUCCUCGUAGCGCCUACUGGCAUCACAUCACCCGUCAGAACAGUGUUGGAGAAAUCUACAGUUUGCAAGGUCACGGCUUUGGUUCGUCCAAGAUGUCGCGCGCACAGACGUUUCCCAGCUACGCCUCGGAGCAGAGCGAAGAGACACAGCAGUCUUUGUCCCGGUCGAGCAGCUACGGGUUCAGCUACAGCUCCAGCCUCAUUCAAUGACACUCAGAGAGCCUGCUGACCAGAGACACAGUCUGUCCGGACCUGCUUGCAGGGUCACUGCACCCUCUGCCUCCUGGAAGACCGAUUGCAGUAACAUUGACAUGGGCCGGGUGUAGCCCAAUCCCAGUGGAAGGUUAAACACUGGAGUUCUGCUUCCUUGACUCUGUGGCUAAGUCCUUUGUUUAUUGAAUUUCUUGGUGGGGGGCCGGGGGUGGGGGGAAUCUAUGUUUUACAAAAAUAGAAUCCAAAUUGUCCUUUAAAUAAAAUUCCUGGUUCUGGCAGUAGCAGAAGCCUGGGCACCAUGAGAAGUUGCCCACACUGGGUUGUACCUGGGUGGUGGGCAUUACCCCUGUCCUCAUGGCUCAGCCCUCCCACCUGAUGACAGGGUCUGUCCCUAGACAUAAUGUCACCCACCACAAGCUAUGUGGCUUGGAAGGUUUUGAUGGGGACAAAUCCAGCAAGGUCUACUAAUGGCAUCAUAACUCUCCAUAUAAAUAAGCCCGGUGACAAUUAAGGGAAAAUGAGAUUUAGAACACACUGUUAAGCAGGGCCUUGUAGCUCUACUCUGUGUGUGUGUGUGUGUGUGUGUGUGCAUCUGUAGACAAACAUAGAUAUGGAUAUGGCUAUAUCCAUGUAUAUCUAACAAGUAUAUAUCAAAUGUGUGCUGAGGGUGACAGGAUAUGCUCACUUACAUUGUUGAAAACUGUAAUUUGGUGCAUUAAAAUUAAGAUUGUUAUGUUGAAUAGCUAUUUUUAAAAUAGUGCUGUAAAAAAAAGGCUUUUUAUUAGCAAAAGUAUUUACGUAGUCAAGUCUGCUCCUGUGACAAGUAUAAACGGAUAUGUGAGAAGGAGGGACCCUGGAAAACAAAGGAAGCAGUCUAGCUGUCCCACAUGCCAUGUUACCACGCUGUCUUUCUGCCUCGUACUCCCUUGUUGUUGACGAUGUUUCUCUCUCUGGCCAUCCCUCUGAACUACAUGAGGAUUGGGUGUGAUCACCUCCUGGCCUCCAUUUAAUCUCAAGAAAAAGAAAGACUCUAAAUGAGAAACUGUUUUUCAAGAAAGGGGGGAAAAAAAAAAUAUAUAUAUAUAUAUAUAUAUAUAUAUACACACACACACCUAAAAAGAACUCAGCUAGUUUGCAGUCAGAAGAACAAUGGCCACAGGAUUAUAGAUCUCAAUUAUUUAAAAUUUUAUAGAUGCUGUUCUCAAAGAGCCAUUGGUCCCUUGUAAUGUGCUAUGCCAGCAGAAUUUGCUAGGCUUUACUUUCUUUUUAAUGGACAUGGGUUGGCUGGGAUUAUAAGAGAAAAUGGAGCAAGUAUAAUUGUUUUUUCAUCUCUGACAUUAAUGACAAACCUACAAGGUUUAAAGGGAACUGAAGAAUUUGGCUAAUAUAAUUAGUGUCAACAAAAAUACUUUGCCCUUAAUUUUGAAGUUCACUCGAGUAAAAAUAAAACUUAUUCUACCUAGAAGUAUCUGAUGCCACAUGCCUAAAUGGUCAGCUUGUAAAUACUCCAAGGCAAGUUUAAAGAAUAGUGAGCCCAGAUCAUGUAAGAUAAAAACUUCAUUUUUUUUUCCUAAUGGCAAAAUUCUUUGAACCGUUAAAGUUGGUCUUUUGAAGGGGUACUUGUUUUGCUGAUCUGUAAUAAGACUUUCUUUUUUUUAAAUCUCUCUCCGUAGCUUGAGUGCCUAUUGACAACCUAUUUCAGAGAAUUACUAUUGAAUAGAAAUGGUUCUAGGUCCCUCCUAGAUAAACUUACACCUAGAGCAACUACCUAGACUCUCUGAAUCUCUCAGAUAAGUAUGAAAACCCCGUCAAGAUGCUAAUCAUAAGAGUUAAUGUGACUGUGAAAAAUAAUUAUCUUAAGCUUUCAGCGAUAAAAAGAAAAUUACUCAAACUCUCUGCACCAUGAAUUUUGCUGGCCCAGCAGAAAAGCGGAUGACUGGUUCCUCAUGCUGGUGAUACAGCCUUCCCUAAAAUCCCAGCUUUCGGGGUUAAGCACCUCCGAAUCAGCACGUGGCAUUUGCUUCUGCAAUGCCCUCAGUAAAACACACCAGAGCAGCUCCCCGCUGAGACCAUUUGAGCACAGCUCCUAGUGGUGCCACAUUCAGAGCAAGCCUCUCGCCCGCUCACUCAGUUGAGCUGUUGCUUAGAGACCACGGUCACUACAUGAGACUUGUGGGGAAAGGCCCUCUGGGGUCCUGGUUCAUGUCUCAGCUUCAUUCACGUGCAAGGAGCACAGACAGGGAGUCCAGGGGUGGGGGGGAUUCUGCUGAUCAGAUGAGUCUGCUCUUGUGUCUACUUGGUGGAAGACACAAUACGUGCACGGAAUUGCUUCGAGAACGCCAUUUCCUUGGGAUCGUUACCAGUGAGCUUAACUGAGGAGAUACCAAAGAUCAGGCUCAUCUUGGGCCAGUUCCUUCUGAAAAUAAUGUCAUCAAAAGCAUGUGUGAGAGAAAUCUUCUUCCCAAGCCUUUAACCCGAUCGUAUCACAAUGAGAAUAAUGCUAUAAAGUCUCUCACGGUACAUUUUUGGAGAUUUAUUCUAGCAUCUGUACUCCUCAUCUAUACUUAUAAUCAUAGCUAAGUUAAAAUUGCUAAAUGAACAGAGAGGAGAAUUUAUGUUAGCCUACUGUUCUUGACAUAUGGCCGUGUGCAUUGUAAGAAAAGUGACAAGCAGAUAAAUCCUCUACAAAAACCAAAGAUGAAAGAGAAGUUACUGUACCAUUCUCCCCUCCUGGAACUUCAUGAAGCCAAUUUCACGGGAGCAAUUACAAUGGUCGUAAACACGUAUUCGACUCACUUGAGCUCACAGGUUUUUGACUGAAGAGGCCUCUCUACUUUGUGAGUCAUUUUUUUCCCUUCAGAAAUUGUAUUAUACCUCUCCUGUAAUUGGGGUUGCUGUGAACCAAAGACAUCCUUUGGCUCUUUCUGAGAGCGACCCCACUGGGGUUCCAACCAGACUUAGGCACAUGAAUGAAGACGAUCACAGUUUCCGUAUCAGGUUGGAAGAGACCAGUGGUGAAGGAACUUGACACGAGUGAUCGAGGCUCUUCUGAGAGCAGAGAAAGCCCGGAGCGUCCACACGGCUCAUGGAAAGAUGACAUGGGGGAUUCAGUUUUUAUGUCCCCAAGUUUUCUCCUGAAAAUCUUAAUUAUUGCACCCAUUGUAUUUAAAGUGUGGAAAAGUGUAAAAUAACCUUGACCCAAUAGUUUACCAUACUGGUGGGGGGAGGGGAGUGGGAAACAACACAUCUUUCACUUAUUCAUCGAAUGAGUAAUAGGCACUCAGAACUAAGUUAUUUAUGCAGGUUGCAGAUACUUAUGAAUCAAUAAGUUCUGGCCACUGCCACAAUUUGAACUUAAAGAAAUAAGAAAUGUAUAUUUACUUAUGUACUAGGGAAGAUGCCGUUUGAUAGAGCAUGUGAAAUAAAGUGAAACAUAUUUAUAAAAAAUAAACCUCACUUUUUUUCACCAAGUAGUAACUAGAGUACUAAUCCUAGUAGCUUGUACAAUUUUUCUCUGUCUUCGUUGGGCAAUUAUGUUUGAAAAUCAUUUAUCACCUAUAAAGCGGUCAACCACUAAUACUUUCUGUCCAAUAUAGAAGCAGUGGACUGAUAAAUAAUGUUACACUGUUAAUACUUUUUACAGAUCCAAUUUAUUUAUUGCAUGUGGUAUCUUUAGAGUAGAUAUUAAAAACACAUCAUAAAGAUUGAUGUCUGCCCCUCAUUCUUUGGCCAAUAUCUCAGAAAACUUUGUAAAAAAGCAUGAGUACCCUACUCCCUAGAUGAUUUGAGCCACUUACUAAAAUCAACCAUUAAUGCUAUGUGAAAACAAGCUAAGCAAAUUAUAUUCUUACAAAAAAUUCUAGUCCAGUUUUGAUGAUUAUAACACAGCACAAUAAAAGGGCAAUAUACAUUCAGUGGGGCUGAGCUUUAGGCCUUGAACACGUUAGGUCUUAUAACAAAUAUUAUACUUAAAACUGCUCAAAGUGAAAAUGAUACAUUUUUCUCCAAUUCUAUUAACAUUUGUCGAUCAAUAUUGUGCAAUUUCAAAUUACUUUAUCAAUCACUAACUGUACGUUACUAUCCCCCAACCUUGGUCUUCUCCAAACAGAUACACAUCGGUCACUAGAUUUGCAGUAAUACUUGUAAUACGAGGUGAUGUGCCACAUGGAUGAAUUCCUAGCCUAUGAAAUGUAUAGAGUGCAAUUUGCCAUGAAGGGGGAAGAGGAGGACAGGACCAGUUUAGGAGGGCAGCAAUUUAGAUAAAAUUAUAAAGACUCCAAUGAAAUGUCCAAAGUAACACUAAGACUCUACUCUCUGAACAUUCUAACCCCGGUUCCAUAUCACAGACUUGACCUUCUUCGACUAGCUUCACCCAGUACCGAGCAUGCAAUUGAAAGAGGACGUCAGUUGCACCAUGUUUGAAGUGACCACAGAAAGACAACGUAUAACCACCAACUAUGCUUCCUUAGGUUUAGUGAAAAUUAUUGAACGUGAAAGAAUGUGUAACAAAAUCCCCAUACUGAGAUGUCUCUUCAGUAACCUGAGGAUCGUUUUUGUGUGGCCAACAUAGAGUUUCCAAAUGAAAGUAUGUUAUCAGUGCCACUGGCUGGGGGCUAAAUAUGUCUGAGGAGAGCAACAUGUGUGCAUUCCCCGUGAAUGUGUUUGAAAGAUUAACCCACCUUUUUCUCCCUGAAACUACCACAGAUCCUUACUUUCUUGCUUGAGAAUGUGAACCUUUGGUGUAUCAUUUCUACAAUUAUUACAACUUGUUGAGGCAGUAGCUAGUUUACAGACUCUCAUGGAAGUAUCAUGAGGUGUUGGGCACAUUUUCUAGAUGGGCAGGGUGCUAGCUGGUUUCUGGAAUCGAUCAUGUAGAAUAAAGGUCCCAGUUUACACUCUACUCAGGAGGAAACCUGGAUGUUGUCACUUAUUCAAAGGCAAAGAAACAGUUAGGAGUAGUUUUGUCCACUUCCGGGCUCCUGGUCCAGCACUGUUUCCUUGUCUCUAUCUUGUCUCCCAUUUAGACAUAGUGGGAGUUGAGAAAUGCCACAUGGCCUCUAAAUAAAUAGGCCCUGGAACAUUAAAGUGUCUCCUCAAUUGUUUCAGACGUUCCUAACCCUUCUUGGACUCAUCACCAACAAUGUCAAUAGAGAGGCUUUAUGAGGCAAAUCAUUAGUCUUGUAGGUCAUGAAUGAUUGGUAUAAAUUCUAUGACUCUUACAUUGUCACCCAGUUCUUGUUGGAGAUUCAAACCUAUUUAUUCUAAAGUGAUAGUCAAAGUAAAAAAGUAAAUUAAUUAAGUGUAUAUGUUUUGUAUUCCUACUAAUUCAUCAUAUUGUAAUCGUGAUUAUUAUUUCGGGGAUCUUUAUCUCUCUGUAGCACUUUGGCUUAAUUAUUUAUGGCAUUUGUCACAAUGUUGUUAGAUAACAUCGGGGCUACGUUUUGUUUCAUGUGAACUUCAAAAAUCUUCCAUUCACAAUUGAAGUUGGAAAAUGACUCUUUUUAUAAUAAAAUAGCUUGCAUAUCAA